UGUCUUCCUGUGUUAUACAACACUCGGGACCGUGGCCUCAUCUGUCAUGUGGUAGAUAGACUUCUCUCUUGCCGGCCUAUGAGUCGGGUUAUAUUUGCCAUAUGACGUCUCCCAGCAUCUCCACUAUCUCGAGUGCGUGUAUUUUUUGUUUCUUUUUUCGUUUUUCCUUUCAUGUCUCUGGUACCACUGUAUAUUUGCAUUUUCGUCUUGGCCGCCGGUGUGGCGGAAUCAUCUUGGUAUUUCUCGGCGCCAUGACUUGGUCCUUUUCGUUCGCCUUGUCCUUCCCCCUUUUCCUUCACGGUCCGCUAUACGAGGGUCUGGGCCACAUUUUCUGGGCUUCUCUGGUUGUCUUCGGUUCAGUGUUCUCCCCCUUUUCUUCUUCCCCCGUCCGUCUCGAUGGGGUGUACUUCUAAAAGAGAUCAUCGGUAGUUUAGCGCGGGUAAAAUAAAGAUUGGAUCGAAUCAUCGAUGUAGA